GUUAAUUGCUACAUAUCUCAUUAAAAUAACAAAACUAGUUAAUUUUUACAUUUCUCAUAUUAGUUAAUUGCUAAUAUUUGUUCAAUUUUAAAGAUGGAGCGUGGUAGACAUUCUGUAGAUGUGGGUAAUCUCCAACGCAACCGCAAGAGGGAGAUUGCAUCGACUCGAUCUACUUCACGCAAAGGCAAAGGUAAAGCGCGGGUCGAGUCUUCUUUUCAAAGUCGAGAUGAUUUUGAAACGGAUUACCAACGGCAAGAUGGUAUGAUGAUGUCCGACGAGGAACUACAACACCUAUUGUCCCAAAAUGAUCCACGUUUUGCACAAGAACAGCAAUUCCCGACAACCAUCGAUGAAGAGGAGCUCGAGGAUGACGAUGGGGAGGAGGACUCGGGGGGCGACGGGACUCCGGAUGAUGAGCAAGAGGACGAGGGCCCUUCAACGACUACAACCCAAAUUGGUAAGAAAUCUAAAUCUCCUAUUAUUGAAAACAAUUAUACAAAAAGGAAAGACGAAAAAACCGAAAAAUGGUACGCAAGUUGCAAUCAUUGCAAGAAAGAGUUUAGCUUGGGAAUUUCUGGCGGAUACGGGAGUCUCAAAAGACAUCUUAAGUCCGCCCACUUUGUGGAGUAUGCGAAAAUAGACAAAGGAAAGGGGAAGCAAACACAAAUAUCAAGGUUUGCAAAUUCUCAACCCUUUGGUAAUUUUUCCUAUGAUGAUAACAAACAUUUGACUGGUAUGUCUCAUUUAAUUGUUGAAGAAAAUUUACCCUUUAUUUUUUCCGAAAGUCUUGCUUUAAGAGAUUAUGCUCAAGGUACUUUAAAUCCUCAAUUUAGAAAUUAUAGUCGCAAAACGAUUAAAAAAGAAGUUAUAAGGCAAUAUAACUUGGAAAAAGAAAAAUUACAAAUAUUUUUCGCAAACUUUGAUGGACGUGUUAGUAUUUGUAGCGAUAUAUGGGAGGAUACUUAUCAUCAUUUAUAUUAUUUGGGUCUAACUGCACAUUAUAUUGAUGAUGAUUGGAAUAUGCAUAAACGUGUUCUUGCUUUUCGUGAAUUCAAUGAUCGUCACACUGCUGAUAAUAUUUAUAUUCUCAUUGAACGUAUUUUAAUUGAGUAUAAUUUGAUUGAUAAGGUGUUUGCUGUAGGUUUUGAUAAUGCUAGUAAUAAUACUGCUGCUAUACCUAGAUCACGUGAAUUGUGUGGUGCUUCUACAUUGAUGGGUAGAUUUUUUCAUCACCGUUGUGCAUGUCAUAUUCUAAAUUUAUGUGUACAAGAUGGCUUAGCGGCAUUAGGAAAUACUUUGGAGGUAGUCAAGGGGGGAAUUAAAUUGAUUUGGGCUAACACUCCACUAAAAAUGCAAUGGCGGCAAUAUUUGAAGGAUAGACGUGUGAAUUAUUGUGCUUUUCCUAAAGAUUUGUCUAUUCGUUGGAAUAGUACUUAUAAUUUAAUUCAAGUACUUGUUAGAUAUAAAGAUCAUUUUCCAGCUUUUUUAAGACAAACUUGUAACUAUAUUAUAAACCCGGCUGACAUCGACACUUGUGAAAAAAUUGUUAAUGUUUUGGCAUAUUUUAAUAACGCAACUCUAACUUUUAGUCAUGUUUAUAAACCUACCGCAAACGAAUUUUUUGUUGAAGCUGUUAAUCUCGCCGGCGCUUUUUGUGAAUUUUCCGAUGCCACUUACGUUAGUUAUUUUUGUGAUUCACAUAUUCCGCAUAUAUAUGGUAUUGCAUUUGUUCUUGAUCCUCGUUAUAAACUUCCUUACUUGGCAAAUUGUAUAGAUUACUAUUAUGCUUCUUUUUUUCCAACUCAAGAGUUCGAUGAUAAUCCCAUCGACCCUAAACAAGAAUUCAACGAGGUUAGUAAUUUAUUUCAUCAAUUGUAUAAUGAAUUUCAUGCACAAUAUGGUAAUGCACCCCCUCCCAUGCAACGAACAUCUUCUUCAUCUAAAGGAAAAUCACUUUUAAAAUCCGCUUUUGGUUCUCUUUUGAAAAAAAGUAGAGCAACUCCCGCUACUGAACAAAGCUUAGGUAACGAGCUUUCUUUGUAUCUAACAUUGAAUGUUGAUUAUGAAGUUGGUGAUGACUUUGACGUUCUUAAGUGGUGGAAGGAAAAUGAAAGAACAUUCCCGAUUUUAUCAAAGAUGGCUAAGCAAGUACUAGCAAUGUCGAUAUCAACCGUUGCCGUGGAACAAGAAUUCAGUGCGGCCGGCAACGUCCUAACCGAUUAUAGAACGAGGUUGAGCCCGAGCUCUCUUGAGACACUAGUUUGCUUUCACGAUUGGUUGAAGGCCCAACGAAGAACUCAAGAAAUUACCAUCACUCCCUCCCGCCACUUUAUGGAGGAAACAACCGAAGGCGGAGAGUCCGAUUGAUUUUUUAUUACAAAAUGUAUUACAUUUUUUAAAUUCAUCCUAAUUCUCAAUUGUACUUCUUAUUUGAAA